UCCAACCAAAUUGACAAGUGUAUUAAAUUGAAUUGUAAAAGAAUGGGAAAUUUUUUAAGGAGUCCGUUCACCAAAAUGUUUCUGAUUACUACAGGACUUAUCCUGUCAUCAACUUCAAUAGGUUUCUCUGUCCCGAUAACAUCCGAUUCGAACAUAGACGUUGAACACCCCGCAUCUUCAAUUCCAAAUCCACCGACAAAUUUCGGGAUUUUCCGACACCAAGAAGAAUUAAAGUUACGGGCAACACCGGGUAAACGACGCCCUCGUCAGGGCAACUAUCCUCUCAUGAUUUACGGAGGAUGUUACCCGCCAGGACAGACAGCGGUAUGGGGGUGGAACCCAAACCCCCCGCGUUACCCACCUUACAACAACGUGGAGAACCAAAAUAGAGCGUUUUGGUGGUGGAUAAUGGCGAAUGAAAUCAGCUGUAAGCAAGAUCCAACAAAAUGCCCAGCAGGGUCGCGUCCAAAGUGACCAUGUCAGAAUUAUCCAACUACAUACAUAAUCUUCAGACGUGUGAGGUGGUUAUCACCCAUGUAUGUAUGUACAAAGACAGCACUAAUUAAAAAUCGUUUAACUUUUUAAAUCGCUCGUUGCCAAAUUUUUAAACAAAAGCAGCUAAAAUUAGAAUUUUCAAUAAGCAUUUUUGAGUAUUAAAAAAUAAACACAAUUUUUCGCAGAAUUAAAUACUUUGUUCCCCGAGAUUAAUGAAAAUUUAUUUUUUCGCUUUUAAUUUUCAAACUAUUAUCUACUCUUACAUUUUUGAAAAUUCAGAAAUAGCAUUAAAAUAUUAUAUUUAAAAAAUAAUAAUGAAUUUUAAUAAUGUGAGAGAAGUAAUUCUGCAAAAAUUGGGCUUAAUUGCUGUGAUUGGAUUAACAUUCGAAAAGUUACAACGCUUUAAAAAAUCCGAAUUUUUUGUUUGAAAAUAUCACCACGGGAGUAAACAAGCACAUUCAGUAACAUACUAAAAUUGAUGUCCCCUUACUUCUGAGCGUGAAUAAUUCAAAUUUGCUGGGUCAAAAUCGGCGAUAACUACUUUACAUAUCGCCAUUGUAAGCGUUACUACAGGAAUUUGAUGGUCGAACAACAAUAAAUGAUUAAGUAGCGUAAGCUACUUAUUGUGAUCGUUUUGUCCGUCCGUCUGUUCGUCCGUUUGUCCGUAAGCAGGAUAUCUCCAGAACGAGUAAACAUAAUCAAACCCAGUUUUCGCCAUUGUGCUUCUAAUUUUUAGUUCUCGGUUGAUUUCGAAAAUUGGGUCAAUCGGACCACACCCAACGGCGCCAGGGGGUGUGGUCGAAAUUAAAUUGUACGUUAAUUCUCAUGUGGGGUGUCAUCUCAAAGGAAAUUUGACGGAGAUUUCAAAUAUGUUAAUAGUUUUGACCUCAUGACCUUGACGACGAGGUCAGAGGUCAAAAAAUGUAAAAUUGUCAGAUGGGGUGUCAUUUUAAAGGAAAUUUUACGGCGAUUUCAAGGAAGUUAAUAUUUUUGACCUCAUGACCUUGAGAUCAAGGUCCGGCGUCAAGGGAUACAUAAUUGUCACGGGAUAUGGGAUAAUUUUAAAGGAAACUUUAAAAGAAAUUUUAAAGGAAACUCUGACGCUACUUUUUUAUAUCCGUUUGGAGGGUUUAUUGUUUAACCUGUAAAACCAAUUAAACAUAAAAUUCGCAUUUUAAUUGCGUUAAUCUUCAAAUUAAA